UGCAGGUUUAGAGACUUUGGAGGACCUGAGAGGCACAGGGACUAUCCCAGGAUGAAGAAAUAGUAAGGAAAAGGAGGUCUGCAUUCAUCUCUGUCUCCUCAAAACUAGGUCCCUAGUUAGGUUUCCAGGGACCUGUGGGUAGGGCUAUGUGGUCUCAUUGUGUACAGUUCAAGAGAUGACGUGGGGUCAUAGACCUCAACAGAUCUUAGAACUCUGGUAACCAGGCACCCACAUUGCCCCAUCCAGCUCACUUGAUUGGAGACAGUCAACAGGCAAAGAUGUUUUGUUGUUGUUUCCCAACUUUUGGAGGAUCUGGGCUCAAAAAAUCCCAGAAAGAGAAUCUUUUUGGUAGUUGGCGAUGUUUGCUCAGCCUUAAUUCUUGACGCCUCUGGGCAUCUGGCAGGAGGCAGUGAAAGGUAACACGGGGCAGCCCAGGAGAGGCUAGUGCAGGCCAGGGCACAGCUGUGAUCCCACCUGAUCAGCCCCACACCCCUUGCCCCUCUUUGUGUGUGUGUGUGUGUGCAUGUGUCUGUGAGGAGGAGAGAAGGCAGGACAUAAGGGGCGGGUCAUUCCUGAGCAGGAGCUGGUUGUUAGGUGUCGGAAACCUAACAGCUAGGUCAUGUUCAUACCUCAGGCCAUGCCUGGCAGCAUGAGAAGGUGAGCUCCUCUACUCAUAUUGUUACCGAGCACUAGAGGAUUCAUCUCCUUCCCUCCCUGACCAGAGUUCUUUGCAGGGAUGCCCCUCUGUGCCUGAACUGAGGAACAGAUAUUCUCUUGGCGGUUGGCCCCAGUGGCAGUGUGCAGGCAGCCCCUGAUUUCUUCUGGCCCAGUUCCCAGGCAGUCUUUGCAGAACUCCACUCAGGAGGUUGUUGAGUAACUGCCCAAUGGUUUCAACUCCACCAACUCACUAGACAAGGGGCAGGUACAUGAGGCCACCCACACUUUGCAGUGCUGCUCUGAGAUGAGAGCAGGAGCAGAGGGUCUCCACACUCAGGAGCUUGAGAUGACGGGGUUGGACUAGAACUAGGGAGGGACCAGACUCAGGCUGUCCCUUUUUUAAGCUAAAGGGGAUGUACAUGAAUGUCAUCUUGCCUGGUUAGGAGAUGAGCUGCCGUGACCCUCUUACCCUUGUCCGGUGUGAGCUUCUGGAGGCCACUGAGGCAGAGCCAGAUGCGUCAGCUGCAGAGAUCCAGCCAGCGGCAGAAGAAGAGCAGUGGGCAGUGGUGGAGGUAGAGCUGGCUCCAGCUCCGUUGACACCACCCCCUCUAGCACUGGAGCCAGUGUCCCCUCCACCAGCAGUGUUGGAGGUGGAGCAAGGGCCAACAUGGGCUCCAGCAGGAGUGGGAGCUGCUGAGCUGGAGUCACCUGGACCAUCAUUUCUAGUGAGAAGUCCAUCUCCACCUGUGGCUCUUAAGGAGCAUGAGAAGCUUAAUCUCAUGGCCUUCCCUCCUAAGCUGGUGGUGGAGCAGUUUACCAUGAUGGAUGCGGAGCUCUUCCAGAAGGUGGUGUCCUCUCCAUGCCUGGGCUUCACGUGGGGCAAGAGGAACAAGCCCGCAUGA